AUGGUAAAUGCGCCAUGGUUUAUACGUAACAGUGACAUCCACAGGGUCUUAGGAAUUCCUUUGAUUGUAGAUGAAAUUGCGAGUUAUGCUACAAAGCAAAGGGCUCGUCUAGAACAGCAUGUAAAUAUAGAAGGAGCACGGCUGCUAGACAAUGGCAUUAUGACAGAAAGAUUUGACCGAACAAGACCUUUCAAUUUAACACAAAGUACCAAUUUCCUUAUGGAAGUAUUUUGUCAGAAUAAUAAUGGAAACUGUGAAAAUGUAUCGAUUACUACAAUUAGUGGCGAAACUGUUAAUAAAACUGGAAUUAUUUGCUCUGGAGAUCUAAUUUUUGAAGAUAAUUUCGAUACAUUGGAUUUUUCAAAAUGGCAACAUGAAAAUACAUUAGCUGGAGGUGGGAAUUGGGAAUUUCAAUGGUAUACAAAUAAUCGUUCAAAUAGUUUUGUUAAAAAUGGAAAUUUACAUAUUCGGCCAACAUUAACAUCAGAUAUUUUUGGAGAGGAAUUUUUGAUGAGUGGAACUAUUAAUAUUUUAGGAGGAUCACCAGCCGACGAAUGUACAAAUCCUUCGUAUUGGGGUUGUGAAAGAAAUGGAACGCCAUUAACUGUAAUAAAUCCAGUUCGAAGUGCACGUUUGCGUAGCGUAAAAUCAUUUAGUUUUAAGUAUGGAAAAGUUGAAGUAAGAGCUAAAUUACCCUCUGGUGACUGGUUAUGGCCUGCAAUAUGGCUUUUACCAAAACAUAAUACUUACGGAUCGUGGCCAUGUUCCGGUGAAAUUGACAUAAUCGAAUCAAGAGGAAAUUUAAAUCUUUUCAAAAAUGGUGUAAAUAUUGGUGCUGAACAAGUUAGUUCAACUUUACAUUUUGGACCAUAUCCUUAUGUAAAUGCAUACAAAACAACACAUUUUACAAAAAAUUCACCACAAGGAUUAGGCUUCGAUAAAAAUUUUCAUAAGUAUCAAAUGGAAUGGACUUCAGAAUUUAUAAAAUUUAGCAUUGAUGAUAUUGAAACAGGUAAAGUUAAUACUGAUCGAGGAUUUUGGAAUCGAGGUCGUUUUGGUGAAGACUAUAAUUUAGAUAAUCCAUGGCAGUAUGGUAGUGAAAUGGCACCAUUUGAUCAUGAGUUUUAUUUAAUAAUUAGUUUGGCAGUUGGUGGAAUAACGUAUUUCCCUGACGAUGCUGAAAGUACUACUGGAAAACCGUGGAUAAAUAAUUCGCCAACGGCAAUGGCAGAAUUUUGGCGUGCCAAAAAUUUAUGGUUACCAACAUGGAAUAUUCAUAAUAAAAAUUAUACAAAUUCUUCAUUGUUAAUAGAUUAUAUUAGAGUGUAUGCUAUAUAA